CCAUAACGCAAUUUUGUGAAAUUCAAUUUCUGAAAAUCAAAGUUAACAAAGGACUAUGUCACUGAUCAUUAGUCGUUGAAUGUGAAGCACUGAGCGCGGAAAAUGAGUUGCGAAGUAUCUGUGUUGUCGGCUAACCAGCUGCAUCCUUUGAUUAUUGCGUUCUACCUGGAGAACAAAGAAGUCAUUGAUGCCUUCCUUCUCAGCUCGCUAGAUGCUGCGCAAACACUUGUUCAGCAGUUUAUGCCAAUCUUCACACAAUUCUUCUCAAUCUUACUGGAGACUGGCAGCAAUCUGCUCGGGAAUUUUAAUAUUGUCCUUGGAAUAACAAAGGUUCCCUUGCAGGUUAUCUUCGGAUUCGCUCAGGCCAAUCCGGUGACCUUCACUGUUGCAUUACUGGCACUACCUGUGAUCUGGAUGUGUCGACACAGGAUUCGAAGCUAUCUAAUGAGAUAGAGAACGCGCCAUUGUGGGGCAACAAUGUUUGCGAUCUGGAUGUUUAAUCACAGGACAUGGCGCUAUCUCGGGUGUAAGAGAAACGGGCAAUUGUAGAAUAACAACACUAUCUUAGAAUAUAAUCGUAUAAUUAUGAUUCCGCCCUAUCGAGUCUACGACAAAGGGCCUUCUAUACCAUAUAGUUCACUACUUGCUAUAUUUUAUGAUUUGAGGUAGUCCAUCCAUCAUCAUCACAAACAUUUGCUACUGAUAAAGUUUCAUUUUAAAGUUUUAAUAUAUUCACUGAGAGUGUUUUAUUAUAUUGGCAUUAUUUUUUCAUUUUUUGUAUUUUAUUAUAUUUUACGAUACAAAUUAAUACACUUGCUACAUAAUCAUUGUGAAAUUUGUCUUAUUAACUCCGUUUGAUAUAUCAAUUCCAAAUAGUUGCGUAAUUACGGUGUUAUUGAAAAAAAUGUAAUUUAUGCAAAAACAAUAUAUUAGUUGAUACAGAUGAAACAUAGAAGUAUGUCGACUAUAUAUCUUAAAUGCAUUAACACAUCUUUGCAUCAUAAAGAUGGAUGGCCUACCUUAAUUUUUUAUUUAAUGCAUUAUGUAAUAUUUCCAAUAUUAUGAAAUAAAAAAAAAUCGUCCGAAAAUGUUUGUUUUAUUCA